CAGUCACUGAGCAAUGAGGUGGUGAACACAACUUAGCAGGUCCAAACACCUCCUAAGGCUGAGAUGCUGCUGCUGUCACUACUGCUGUCUUUGCUGUUGAGUGGGUCCCAGGCGUUCUUCCAGCUGCAGGUGCAGAAGUUGGUGACGGUGCAGGAGGGCCUGUGUGUUCUUGUGCCCUGUUCCUUCUCCUACCCAAGCAUCCUAGAUGGGGACUCUUUCCCAGUUUAUGGCUACUGGUUUGAAGAUGGGACCAACACGAACACUGGGAUUCCAGUGGCCACCAAUAACCCAGCUCGACCCCUACAAAGCAGAACCCAGGAGCGAUUCCAGCUUGUGGGAGACCUCCACAAGAAGAACUGCUCCUUGCUGAUCAGAGCUGCACAGAGAGAGGAUGAGGCAAGAUAUUUCUUCCGUGUGGAGAAGGGAACCAUCAUGAAGUAUAAUUUCAAGGACAAGUUCUGGCUGAAAGUGACAGCCUUGACUCAGAAGCCAGAUGUCUUCAUUCCCAAGACCCUGGAGUCCGGGCAGAAGGUGACAAUCUUCUGUGUGUUUACCUGGACCUUCAAGCAAUGCCCAGUCCCUUCUAUCUCCUGGUCGGGGGCUGCACUCUCCUCCCAAGAAACCACACCACAAACCUCCUACUACUCAGUGCUUAGCCUCACGCCAGGUCCUCAGGACCAUGACACGGAGCUCACCUGUCAAGUGGACUUCUCCAGAAAGGAUUUGAGCAUGAAGAGGACUGUCCGACUGAGUGUGGCUUAUGCCCCCAAAGACCUCAUUAUCACCAUUUUCCGUGACAAUGUGCCAG